UUGUUUUCACAAAAACAAAAAAUUGCAGGUGUGGCUAAGAUAUGGCAACUUAGUUUGACAUUUUUUUUUUGCAAUAACCAUUAACCAACACUGACUAGGUUCGUGUUCAUCUUUCAUAGACGGCCAUUUUUGCUAGUGUUCGGACAAUAUAUUUUUUAUUUUCCUCCUGGAAAAAUUAGAUUUGCGUUUCCUUAAAGCGAGAAGUAUUCGUAAGUAUUCGAAAUACUUAUAAACAACUGCUCGAAGCAGAUAUUAACAGGAAAAUAAAGAGCGAAAAACUAAAAUAGAAGCGCAAGCAAUUUUGCUAGGUUGCUAGUCAAAAAAAAAAAGACUUCACUCGUUUAAAUCAAUUUUUAACAAAAAAUAUUAAAUUGGAAAUAUAUUGCAAAGUAUAUUUCUUGAAAUUAUUGAUUGAAUAAUCAUGGCUCAGUAAACAUGUAUCUGUAUAACAUUAAAGAAGUGCGACAUACUCCAUGUGGAGAUAAGUUCCACGACACAUUUUCGUCGAAAUUUCAUCGUACCUUCCGCCCUACUGAGGGCAUUUCACUAUCUCCUCUUUUUUAUUUUUUAAAUAUUAAUCAACAAAAUAACAAUGGACAACAAGAAACAAUUUUUACGCCAAAAUACCAACUCGAAGGCAUGUCAACCAAUUGAUUCUAAUCGGAAAUCUUCAGAUACCCAAGUCACAAAAGCGUACGCAAGAAAUUCUCGUCGCCGUGAGCAAAAUAAUUUACCAAGAAACGAUCAACAACGCAAUUUAAAGCAACCAGCAGCAAAGUUAAGACCAAAUGUUGACAAACGUCCUCGGGUACGUGGAGGCUUUGGAAAAGAGGAUGACAACAACUAUAAUCACGAUUCAACAUGCCCCACCGAUGACCUUCUUGCUACCAGCACCGGAUUAGCAGAAAAUAAUGUUAAGAUUAGCACCGCAACAGGUGCUAUAUCAAAAUAUGGUCAAAAUAAUUAUGAUUUAAAUUCGGUCUACAAUCCAGGUAGUAAGAAACAGAGUUUGAAUCAUUUACUAAACUUUCACUAUACACCACGGGAAUCAGAGCACUAUGCUGGUAACAAUUUUUUCGGUCGUGGUGUUUUAAGUGGAAAUAAUCACGCAAAUGCGCAUGCUAAUAAAAAACAAAAAUAUAAUAAAGAACAAUUUUUGCAGGCAAACUUUCAGUUCGUUAUCAAAUCGAGUGCAAAGCCUAAAUUUGAUGCUUCUCCAGAUACAUUGAUUGACUGGAAGCUUAUAGAACAAAUCAACAUACAAACAACGGAAGAACCGCAAUGUCCGAUAUGCUUAUAUCCUCCAGUUGGAGCAAAGUUGACACGUUGUGGUCAUGUCUAUUGUUGGCCAUGCAUUUUGCAUUAUUUAGCGCUUAGCGAUAAAACUUGGCGCAAAUGUCCAAUAUGCUAUGAAGCCAUACAUAAAGAUGACCUAAAGAGCACUGUUAUUAUACAGCAACACCAAAUAAAUAUUGGUGAGAAUGUGCAACUACAGCUGAUGCGCCGUAAAAAGGGGUCGAUGUUCAUUGAAAAGUACACGACAAAUGCUGAAAGUGUUGAGCGUUACCCACAAUUCUCGAAAACUGACGAAAAGAAAUUAUUUUCAAAAUUUUUAAUUGCAAACCGUUUCGAUAUUUUGAGUAUAAUUGAACGCGAAGAGAAAGAAAUUAUGGCUGAUAAUGACACUUCAUGCCCAGAAUUUAUCUUCGUGCAAACUGCUUUGCAGCUAAUCAAGGAACGCCGUGAGCAAUUAGGUGACUUUCUUCCCAAGCAAGAAACAGAAUUUACAGACAUGACAACUGUUGAUGAAACUCAAGAAACUAAGGUUUCGUUGACUGACAACUUAAAUGAAAACACAGAUUUACAAACAAAUAUUAAUCCAAUUGAAGCAAAAUUUAUAGAUGAUGAAAUACAAGAAGAAAUUAAAGAUGAUAUGGUUUUACCAACUUUGGAAGAUACUGAUUUUGAAACUUUAGAACUUUCUUCAGUGUCCAAUUCUGAUAUGCCCUCUUCACCAUCUACAACCAAGUACUAUUAUUUUUAUCAAUCUGUAGAUGGUCAAAAUAUUUAUUUACAUCCAAUAAAUGUUAAAAUGCUGCAAGCAUGUUACGGUACUUUAGAUAAAGCACCACAAUUAAUAAAUGCACGCAUCUUACAAAAAGAGCAUCAUUCUAUGGAUGAGGAACAUCGUCGUAAAUUCACUUGCUUAAGACAUUUACCACUAACUUGUCAAUUUGCAGUAGUUGAAGUCGAAUUGAACCCACCAAUAGUCAGUGAAGGAAUACUAAAGUUGUUUAAAAAUGAUAUUUUGUAUCGUAAAAAAGAACGUGAACGUCGCGAACGUGAAGAAAUAAAACGCGAAAAGAAAAUAAAUGAGAUAAAUGAACGUCAAAUGGGAAAGCUAAUUGCAAGAACAGCUACUUUGAAUUUAAGCUCUCCUGCUGAAUUUCCAGCUUGGGAUUUUAAAGAAGAAUUAUCAGUUACAAAUUCGACAGCAAAUACUGUUGUUGCCAGCAGUCCUACUCCAAAACAUCAAACAUCAUAUUCAGCUGUGGCAGAAGUUGGUAAGGCAAAUAAGCAAACUAAUAAUUUUGUUAACCGUAACAUUGGUGUAAGCUCGAUACCUGCUGCAGAAGUAGAUGAAGGAACAACUGGCGUAUCUCGUCUUAAUACACAAUUAGGUGACGUUUUAGCUGAGGCUAUGGCACAAAAGAAACAACAUAAUGCUGCAACAAAUGGUGGCGCUACAGGCAAUAAAAAAAAGAAAGCCAAGAAAAUGCUUCCACUCUUUUCAACGGGCAUCAAUUAUAAAGGCACUUAAUAUGGAGUGUGCUAUAACUAUUACAUUUUAUUUAUAUUCAAUAUAACACUAUUAAAUUGGCUUGUUAUCUAAUGCAUAAUAUUAGAAAUGACAUAAUUACAAUGUCGGGUAGCUAAGCAUACAAUUUUUUUUUGAAAUUUAAAAGAAUUUAUUUUUAAUCGUUUCUUGAAUUGUGGUAAAUGCACAUUAAAAAUACUAACCAGUAGAAGAAAACUAUGAAUUAU